AUGAGUACCUCAGAAGAAGUGCCUGUGAAAAUAGAAUUUAAAAAGAAGAAACGUAACAUUCCAUUAAGGACAAGAAAAGUUGAAAGUGAUGACAGUGAUGAUGAUAAUAAUGGUUCAGUUAUGAGCAAGAUUGAAGAAACAAAAAUAAUUCAAAAACUACGUGAGAAACCUAAGGGAGUCAGUUAUAUUGAAGAAGAGUUGACAAAAAGAAAAAAUACUUUGAGUAACAAUUCAGACAAUCCACAAGAUAGUGACAAAAAUAAUUACUGCUCGCCUGAAGAAGCAGCUUUACAGGCAGUUCCUGAACAUCUAAGACUGAGUUCCACUCACAAGAGCGAAGAAAUGUUGUCCAACCAAAUGUUAUCCGGAAUUCCUGAAGUUGAUUUAGGAAUAGAAGCUAAGAUAAAAAACAUUGAAGCUACCGAGGAAGCAAAAUUAAAAUUACUGUGGGAAAAACAUCGAAAGCAAGAAGGGCCAUUAUCAAUUGUCCCAUCAAAUAUCAACAUUGACAAUAAGUGGUAA